CAUUCGGAAAGCCGUCCAAGUUGUAUGGGCUUCCCCCCCCCCCCCUUUUCUUCGCGACAGGUUUGUUUUCCACAAGGGCCUCAUCGGCCGGCGCCAGUAUCCGCGCCAGGCUGUGUCGACCUCCCUCGCCCUUCUCAACUGGACGCCGGAGCCGCCCGCCGCAAGCUGCUGAGGCAUGUGGAGAGUGACUUUGGAGGCGUUCGGCGUUCUUCUGCUGGCCUUCCUGUUGGGAAAUCUCGCUUUAGCCUGGUUUGAGCUCAGCAAGCCCUUGACGGAGGCGCGCACGGAGCCGCAGCAGCCGCAGGAGCCGCAGGAGCAGAGCUGCUUUUGCCAUCUGACGGGGGUGCUGGACGACUGUUUCUGCGAUGUGGAGAGCAUCGACGUCUUCAACAACUUCAAACUUUACCCUCGCAUCAAGAAGCUGACGGAGCGAGACUACUUCCGCUACUAUAAGGUCAACCUCAAGCGGGCGUGUCCCUUCUGGCCCGACGACGGUCACUGCGCCAUCAAAGACUGCCACGUGGAGCCCUGUCCGGAGAGUCAGGUUCCCGCUGGCAUCAAGUCGGGCAAUUACAACAAGUAUUCGCAGGCUGCCGACGGGAGUGACGGGAGCGGCGGGUGUGAGCAAGCGCAAGAGCUGGGAGCCAUCAACAGCACGCUCAGCAAUCAGAGCAAAGAGGCGUUUGCCGACUGGGCGCGGCACGACGACGCCCAAGACCAUUUCUGCGAGUUGGACGACGAGUCGUCCCCAGACGCCGAGUACGUGGACCUGCUGCUCAACCCGGAGCGUUACACGGGCUACAAAGGCCCGUCGGCGUGGAGGGUCUGGAACAGCAUUUACGAGGAGAACUGCUUCAAGCCCAGGUCCGUGUACCGACCUCUCAACCCUUUGGCCCCCAGCAGAGGAGACGACGGCGACGGCUUCUACGACUGGCUGGAAGGAUUGUGUUUGGAGAAGCGGGUUUUCUAUCGCCUGAUCUCGGGCCUUCACAGCAGCAUCAACAUCCACCUGUGCGCGCAGUACCUGCUGGACGAGGGAUGGGGCAGGUCGGUGUGGGGUCCCAACGCGGAGGAGUUCCGCUGGCGUUUCGACAGGGCGGAGACCAAGGGCGAGGGCACGCGGCGCCUGAAGAACUUGUACUUCCUGUACUUGAUGGAGCUACGGGCACUCUACAAGGUGGCGGCCUACUUUGAGCGCUCCGUGGUCCACUUGUACACGGGGAACGGACACGAGGACACCCAGACCAAAGAGCUGCUCCUGCAAGUCUUCAACCAGAUCAAGAUGUUCCCCAUGCACUUUGACGAGAAGUCCAUGUUUGCCGGACAUGAGAAGGAAGCCAAAAGCCUCAAGGAGGAAUUCCGUCUUCACUUCAAGAACAUUUCCCGGAUCAUGGAUUGCGUGGGCUGCAGCAAAUGUCGACUGUGGGGAAAACUGCAGACCCAAGGCCUGGGCACAGCCCUGAAGAUCCUGUUCUCGGAGAAGCAGAUCAAGAACCUGCCGGAACGCUCCGGUUCCAAAGGCUUCCAGCUCACUCGCCAGGAAGUCGUGGCCUUGAUCAACGGCUUUGCCAGGCUGUCGUCCAGCAUCUACGAGUUGCACAACUUUCGUCUGCUGCUGAAGGAAAGCGGCAGGUAACGGGAAGUGGCCAUACCUUGAAGGCCACCCGCCCCCCUUCUCAACGUCGGGAUCUUCCGAUUUGGACUAGCGUGCGUUCAUGCCAGAGGCAUACUUUGUAAUCAUUCGGAGAGUGCCAUCAUUUGCGGCAGCGGCGGCCAUCUUGUCUCCAGCCCAAAUUUGAGGAGGGGGAAACGUUCCUACCGCUGGAUUGUGCGUGCGUGCGUGUGUGUUUGCGUGCGUGUGUACACGCUUUUGUUUUGUCCAGCAGAGAAAAGAGCAGAUGAACUGAUUGCCAUUGUUCUUUUUUCCAAUGAAAAGUUUGGACUUGAAGCUUUUGAUUUUUCCGUCUUAAUAUGCGUGUGUGCUGCAGAAAGAGAAAAUGGACCAAGGAAUUUGACCCUGCCUCAGUCAUUAGAUUUUUUUUUUUUUUUUUGGCGUUGGGAAUGAUCCACCUGGGUUUUGGUUUUGGUAGUCUCUAACAACUCUUUGGUCUGCUUGGGAAAAAAAUGAUGCUGCAUCUUGGGAGUACUGUACAUAUUGUGCUGAAAAUGUUUUUCUUCUCCAAAAAUUCCCAAAUGGAUUUUUAGUCAAGA